GGUCGGCGUCUGUGCCGGCCCCCAGGUUCUGUGGUAACUUGCUGGGACGAGACUCUCUCCGGGGAGCCACGCCUUGAGAUUUUUGCCCCCGUCGGUCGUAGAGCGGGGAGCUCCCGGCACGUUUUUAGAAGUGUUUCUCCGUGACUGACGGCAGGGCCCUUCGAUCCCCGAGGCCCCGGGCCAUUCGGCUACUUUCCGCCGCGGCUCCGGGGGGCGAGCGGGUCAGAGGAGCUUCCUGCGCCCGAGCUCUCGCCGGGGGUUUCUCGGACUCUGACGGAGCCGGGGGGGCGGCCCGCGGCGCCCUCCCCCGGGCACCAUGAGCGUGUCCGCCCAGCUCCUGCGGGAGGAGCUGCAGAUCUUCGGCCUGGACUGCGAGGAGGCGCUGGCAGAGAAGCUGGUGGAGCUGUGUAUUCUCUAUGGACAGAAUGAGGAGAGGAUGGUAGGCGAACUGAUUGCCUUCUGUACCAGCAACAGUGUCUGCCUUACCUCAGACACCCUGAGCACUUUUGAGCACGAGUGUCUGAGCAAAAGAUCAUCCAAAGCCUUGCGAGGUGCCUCGAAGGACAGUGGGCAUGCAGGCGCUAGAGACAUAAUUUCCAUACAAGAGCUAAUUGAAGUGGAAGAAGAGGAGGAGACCCUUUUGAACUCUUACACCACACCCUCUAAGGGUUCUCAAAAGCGAGCUGUCACCACCCCAAAGACCCCCCUAACAAAAAGGAGAGCUUCUGCUCGGAGCCCCCAUCAGCUCCUCUCGCCAUCAAGUUUCUCUCCGAGUGCUACUCCCUCUCAGAAAUACAGCUCGAGGAAUAACCGAGGAGAAGUGGUGACCACCUUUGGCUCUGCCCAGGGCAUAUCUUGGUCCGGGAGAGGAGGUGCCGGUGACAUCAGCUUGAAGGUCUUGGGGUAUCCAGAGUCACUAACCCAGAGCUACAAAUCAAUGUUUCAGAAGCUCUCAGACAUUCGAGAAGUUCUAACCUGUAAAAUAGAAGAACUUGGCAGUGACCUCAAGGAACAUUACAAGAUUGAAGCUUUUACACCUGUCCAGUCCCCAGCACAGGAACCUGUCACACUGCUGGGCCAGAUCGGCUGUGACAGCAACGGGAAGCUAAACAGCAAAUCAGUGAUCCUAGAGGGAGACCAGGAACAUUCCUCCGGGGCUCAAAUGCCAGUGGAUUUAUCUGAGCUCAAGGAAUAUUCUCUGUUUCCUGGGCAGGUUGUAAUUAUGGAAGGAAUCAAUACCACUGGGAGAAAGUUUAUUGCCACCAAACUCUACGAGGGUGUGCCACUUCCGUUUUACCAGCCCACUGAAGAGGAUGGAGAUUUGGAGCAAAACAUGGUCCUGACAGCCUGCGGGCCUUACACCACGUCUGACAGCAUCACCUACGACCCCCUGAUCGACCUGAUCGCCACCAUCAAUCGUGACCGGCCGGACGUCUGCAUCCUGUUUGGACCUUUCCUGGAUGCUAAUCAUGAUCAGGUUGAGAACUACCUGCUCACGAGUUCGUUUGAAGAUGUUUUCAAGCAGUGUCUGCGGACGAUAAUCGAAGGGACGCGGAGCUCUGGUUCCCGCCUCGUCUUUGUCCCCUCCUUGCGAGAUGUGCACCACGAUCCUGUGUACCCACAGCCACCUUUCACCUACCCCGACCUGCCUCCCGAAGACAAGAAGCGAGUGCAGUUCGUGUCCGAGCCCUGCAGCCUCUCCAUAAACGGAGUGAUCUUCGGCCUGACGUCCACAGAUCUGCUGUUCCACAUGGGGGCCGAGGAGAUUAGCAGCUCUUCUGCAGCUUCAGACAGGUUCAGCCGAAUACUCAAGCAUAUCCUGACUCAGAGGAGCUUCUACCCACUCUACCCUCCCCAGGAAGAUGUCACCAUAGACUAUGAGACUUUCUAUACCUACGCACAGCUGCCUGUCACCCCAGAUGUCUUCAUUGCCCCGUCAGAGCUGAGAUACUUUGUGAAGGACGUCCUCGGCUGUGUCUGUGUGAAUCCUGGGCGCCUCACCAAAGGGCAGGUGGGAGGCACCUUUGGCCGGCUCUACAUCCGGAGGCAGCCGGUGGACGGGGAGGGGCGGCCAAGCCCCUGCGUCGCGGCCCAGGUGGUCAGGAUCUGAGCCGUGGGCCUUUGGCUCUUUUCCAAGUCCCUGGAGCGCCUGGCGGCCCUCCACAGGCCCCCGCAGUGGCAGGGGAAGGGGGCGGCAGCGCCAGAGAGACCCGACUCCGAGCCGAGCUGCCCUGGAAGAAGGUCUUCACUUCCCGUGGCCAUGCAGAGUGCGUCUGGGCGGGCUGCCUGGCCUGUGACUUCACACGGGAGUCACAAGACUCACACACACAACCGACUUUUGGAGGAACAAAUAAAUUCUGAG